CGCUGAGCGGCCCCUAGGGAGUCGGGCCCCGGGCCGCCACCGCCACCUCGGCCACUGCCGCCAUCGCCUUGAUCCCACAGCCCCCGCCAUGGCCGAGGAGCUCUCCGCGGCCACGUCCUACACCGAAGAUGAUUUCUACUGCCCCGUCUGUCAGGAGGUGCUCAAAACGCCUGUGCGGACCGCGGCCUGUCAGCACGUUUUCUGUAGAAAAUGUUUCCUGACUGCAAUGAGAGAAGGCGGAGUACAUUGUCCCCUCUGUCGUGGAAACGUGACUAGAAGAGAGAGAGCAUGUCCUGAACGGGCUUUAGACCUUGAAAAUAUCAUGAGGAAGUUUUCUGGUAGCUGCAGAUGCUGUGCGAAACAGAUUAAAUUCUAUCGCAUGAGACACCAUUACAAAUCUUGUAAGAAGUAUCAGGAUGAAUAUGGCGUUUCUUCUAUCAUUCCAAACUUUCAGAUCUCUCAAGAUUCAGUAGGGAACAGUAAUCGGAGUGAAACAUCCACAUCUGAUAACACAGAAACUUACCAAGAGAAUACAAGUUCUUCUGGGCAUCCCACCUUUAAGUGUCCAUUGUGUCAAGAAUCAAAUUUUACCAGACAGCGUUUACUGGAUCACUGUAACAGUAAUCACCUCUUUCAAAUAGUUCCUGUGACGUGUCCUAUUUGUGUGUCUCUUCCUUGGGGAGAUCCUAGCCAGAUUACUAGAAAUUUCGUUAGUCAUCUAAAUCAAAGACAUCAGUUUGAUUAUGGAGAAUUUGUGAAUCUUCAGCUAGAUGAGGAAACCCAAUAUCAAACUGCUGUUGAGGAAUCUUUUCAAGUAAACAUCUGAAGGCUCUAGACAUCUCUGCAUCUUUGUACCUGCAAGUGCCACCUUUAAGGGGAAAACUACAUGAAGUCACCAUUUCAAUCAAUAACUUGAUGUGUAUAUUAAUAAAAGUAAUUCAGUCUAUUAGUUUUUUUAAUUGAAGAAUAAAGGUGGGCCAUCUAACAACUUCAUCCUCUUAAUAAAUUAAAAAAUGAAAGUUAUGACAUUAGCUUAUUUAAAAGCAUAAAGAGAAUUGUAUUUCACUAAUGUAAUGGUGAAAAGGGAAUCCCUGUUGUACCUUGUCUUUUUUAUGUUUCAUAUUGAAUUUUUCAUUAUUACGUUGCUUUUGAAAUUUGGAGCAGUUUCUUACAUUUACUUUAUUGUACACAGGUAACGCACAGUUGUAAAUUCUAAAGAUGUGAUUGAUAAAAAACGUAGCUGAGCCAGUUGUCAGAGUUGCAGAGUGGAAACUUGAAGUGCUAAAUGAAACAAUCCAAAGUAAACUUUUUUAUACAGAUUCUAGCUGAAGAAUUCAUCUUUAAGAAAAUUGUAUUUAUAUAACUUUUAGUAUUUUUGAAGGCUAGUGAGAUUUCUUUAAUAAUUUAACUCUUUAAAAAGCAAAAGCUCAUUGUAAAGAUAUUUUCUUUUGGUAUUAGAAGGAAAUAUCAAGAGAAAAUCUUAUGUCCUUGGUGAGCAGUUGGUAGUUUCAACCUUGUUUGUUUGGCUGCCUAGUUUGUAAACUCAAAAUGAAGUAAGCUGGUGAACAGCUCUUUGGCCUCAGAAUAUUUCAAUAGCCAGUAUUUCUGAUUAGCUAAGAUAAAACUUUUAUUAGAAAUUUUCAGUUAGUGAUAACUAUAUUCUGAAUAUAUAUUUAAAUAAGAGGUUUGGCUUCAUUAGAAUUUGGAAACUCAAAGCUAAAGAGCCGCACAUUAUAUAUACAUACAGUUUGUCAGAUUACAUAUGGUUUCUAUUAAGGAUUUAAAAAAAGGGCAGUAUAGGAUUGAAGUGUUUAUCUGAUUUGAUUAAAAUUUUGUCUGUCACCAAAUUAAAAUAAGUCAAAUGCCAAGUGGUCUAGUUGGCUGCUAUUAACCUUAAAAGUUGAGUUUACGCGCACACGCACACACACAUGCACGCGCACACACCCACCCACCCACACACACACAUUUAUAUGGUGCUCAUUUGUUAUUCUCAAAGAUAAUGUGUGACUAUGAAGUAGUAAGACAGAUUUUACCAGCCACUCUGUUUCACUACUUUUUAGUCAAAACUAGGUUUGUUCUUAAUAUUCAUUAAUGAGAAUCAUAAAUGUACUAGAAGGCCCAAAUCACAGAAUAAAGGAUGAAAAGUGGACUAGCUGACAUUCCAUACUACUAUACAUUGUAUACACUUUCCUUAAAAUAAGUAACUCAAAGAACAUAAAAGAAAAUCUCAAAAGUAGUUUGCUGCUAAUAUAUACAUAUAUUGUAUAAAAAGAUAUAUUUUGGUUUUGUUAAAACCCUUGUUGACUUUUCUAAAGUAAACAUUUUUUAACUUGAUUUAAUAAAAAUGUUAAUUUUGGAAGUGGAGUUUUGUAAAAACCUUUUUCAGUCAGACAGUGAUGACUUUAUUUAUGGGUGGUAGUAAUCACACAGAAAAGCCAGACAUCUAAUUACCUAUGUGUUUGUUCUGUCAUUCUUCAGUGGUAUUUACUAUGUGCUUGAACGUUUUCUCUGCAGUUACAUGAGUGUAGUUUUAAGAAUAGCUGUUUAAUGAACUCUUUAAAAAGAUUUUGACCACUGUUUUUUCCAGUGUAAAACAAUAACUUUAGAGUUUCUUUCAAAGCCUAAUACUUUCAGUAUGUCAAAUCAAACCAUUCUGGGAUUUGAGAAUUUCUUUAAAGGAAAACUAUGAUAAAGAUCAUAUUGAUGAACUUGUGUUUUGAAAUUUUGUGGAUAAGUUUAAUAUCAUUAAUGUCAUGUGUGUCUUUCAUAAUAGAUUUUUUUCAUAAGGAAAGUACUGACUUUAUUUGUGAUUAUCUGGUAACUUCUGAAUAUAGAAUGAUUGUUUAAAA